CACUGGAAUAUUCACGAAGGAAGGAACGAUGGGUGUGUGAGGGUUCCCAAGGGCCAUUUUGACACAAAAGUGGUUUAUUCCAAAUUGAUGAUAUAAAAGACAGAGGGGAAAAUAUUAACAGCUGGAAUGAGGAUGGCCAGUGUGCAGUUCCGGACCCGUCGGGCUGCGGAACCGGCAGAACCAGAACCUGAACAUGAAAAAGAGCCAGAGCAAGUAGAGGAGCCAGCUGCCCACGUCCCUCCAGCACACCACCCCGGCCACCACAACUAUGACCACAUGAAGAACAAGUUCAUGAAUGAGAUUGGCCAUCUGCCACUCCCUAUGUGGGCAGUUGGGGCCAUCGUCGUGGUGGUGCUGGUGUUGGUAGGAUGCUGCACCUUCUGCCUCUUCAAAAAAUGCUUUGGGAAAAAGAAAAAAACAAAGAAAGUGAGGGAGAGGAAGGCUGGCCGCCGGAGGAAGGCAGACAACGAAGGGGGAGGAGAGGGUGGCGAUAAGGAAGAAGGGGAUAAGAAAGAAGGGGAAGGAGAGGAGAAGGAGCAGGAGAAGCUGGGGAAACUGGAGUUCUCCUUGGACUACAACUUCACAGAUGCCCAGCUUAUAGUGGGUAUCCUCCAGGCUCAGGAUCUAGCUGCCAUGGAUAUGGGGGGUACCUCAGACCCCUAUGUAAAAGUCUACCUGCUCCCAGACAAAAAGAAGAAGCAUGAAACUAAGGUCCAGCGCAAGAACCUGUGCCCGGUUUUCAACGAGACCUUCAUCUUCAAGAUCCCGUACACGGAGUUGGGAGGGAAGAUCCUGGUGUUGCAGGUCUUCGACUUUGACCGUUUCUCCAAGCAUGAUGUGAUUGGGGAGAUAAAGAUCCCCAUGAACAGUGUGGAUCUGGGACAACCAAUGCAAUGUUGGAGGGACCUGGAGAACAGUGAAAAAGAAGAGGCAGAGAAACUGGGUGAUGUCUGCAUCUCCUUGCGCUACGUACCUACUGCUGGCAAACUCACUAUCAACAUCAUGGAGGCCAAGAACCUAAAGAAGAUGGAUGUUGGUGGCUUAUCAGAUCCAUUUGUGAAGAUUGUUCUGCAGCACAAUGGGAAACGAAUCAAGAAGAAGAAGACAACUGUCAAGAAGAACACACUCAACCCUUACUUCAAUGAGAGCUUCAGCUUUGAGAUUCCCUUCGAGCAGAUUCAGAAAGUGCAGGUCGUCAUAACAGUGUAUGACUACGACAAGCUUGGGAGCAACGAUGCAAUCGGGAAGACCUUCAUGGGUUACGGUGCCACAGGAGUUGGUCUCAAACAUUGGUCCGAAAUGUUGGCCAAUCCCAGACGUCCAGUUGCCCAAUGGCAUGUCCUCUGCCCAGAGGAGGAGGUGGAUGCAGCUCUGAAGGUCCCACCUCGUUAAUGAUCCCUCAACAUCCUUGGAUCAUUAAUGUUAUCCACGAGGAAAGCAAAACAUUUUGAUAUGUCUUUCAGUGUUAUUAAGACCUCUUUGUAUGUUUGCCUCUGUCUGUUUUUCUGUCAUCUCUUUUUGGCGUACUUUUUUUUGUUAAGUGGGUGUGUGUUUGUACGCGUAUGUUUGUACGUGUGUGUGCAUGUGCACGCAUUGCAGCAUGAGCGUUCAUGUGUUUGUGUCUCUGACGCCAUUGGAUGUUUUUAAAAUUACCUGCAUUUGAUUUGUCUGAAUGUUCAGGACUGAUUAUAGCCCAUACUAUGUUAUUUUGUUUUAUAAAACACCCCUCUGUUGGUUUCUAAAUGUAGGCCUAGAUGUAAAAAAAUCAAUAUUAUAAACAAAUAUGUCAAAUAUGCACCCUUGUUAUAUGGCCUUAUAGGCUACAGACAAUCAGAUGAAGGAAUUCAAUUGUUUUUUGACUCAUUGACAACCUUCCGUUCCGCACACAUAUACUACUUCUGAUUUUGUGAACUGUCAUGUAGGCCUACAUUAAAAACAUAAUUAGUGGCAGUGGUUAUAGUUAGAAUUAAGAUUGCAUUAUGUUUUGCUUGAUGGUCGUAAGAUACUUCAACUAUACUGAACCCAAAUAUAAACACAACAUGGAAAAUGUUGGUCCCAUGUUUCAUAUGCUGAAAUAAAAGAUCCCAGAAAUGUUCCAUAUGCAUUUCUCUC